AUGCCAUACAAAUGGACAUCUGGAGCUGACCAGAUCGUUCGUUACUGUGGUCGAGCGGUUUGCAAGACCGGAUGGAGCAUUCAUCUGGCCCAGCUCCAGCGUAACCUCUUCGACGGCCACGGUGCCGGAUACAUCGCAAUCGCUCAGCGGGUGCUACCGAUGCCUAACGUAGUUCUUCACCCUGGCGUCUACCUUGUUGGGGUGUUAAAAAAUACAUGCGGGUCACUGCUUUGCGAUGCAGGCCACCAGUCACGAAGGAGUGAUAAUCCGUGA